AUGUCGCCGUCAGGUCGCAUCCGCGAGGCCGACCUGGCCAUCCGCGUGGUCGACGCCAAGGAGGGGCAAUCACUGAACCGCCACUACCGCGGCAAGGACUACGCCACCAACGUGCUCAGCUUCCCGGCCGAAAUGCCCGAAGGCCUGCCCAAGGGCGUCAAGUUCCCGUUGCUCGGCGACCUGGUGAUCUGCGCGCCGGUAGUGGCCCGCGAAGCCGAUGAACAGGGCAAGGCGCUCAAUGCCCACUACGCGCACCUGACCGUGCACGGCGUGCUGCACCUGCUCGGCUGGGACCACGAGGACGACAAGGAAGCCGAGGCGAUGGAACAGCUGGAGCGCGAGAUCCUGGCCGAGCUCGGCAUCGCCGAUCCGUACGCCGGCGAGCGCUGA